ACCCAACAGAGCCAGCGCUUCCACAGCAGGAGGAGCAGAGAGGUCGUAAAGAAAGCACCAAAAGCUGAGCUAUGCCCAACUCAACCAGUUCCACAUCGUCCACCAAAAGCAUGAGGAGAGCCGCGUCCGAGCUCGAGCGCUCCGACUCCAUCACGUCUCCUAAGUUCGUGGGGAGGAGACAGAGCCUGAUCGAGGACGCGCGGAAGGAACGCGAAGCGGCGGCGGCGGCAGCAGCGGCGGAGGCGGCGGAGGCCAGUGAGCACAUCGUGUUUGAGGAGGAGGACGGCAAAGCCCUGAUCAACCUCUUCUUCGCUCUGAGGAGCUCCAAGAGCCCUGCCCUGUCCCGCACUCUCAAAGUGUUCGAGACAUUUGAAGCCAAGAUGCAUCACCUCGAGACCAGAUCGAGUCGGAAGCCUAAAGACGGUUUAGAGGAUUUGGAAUACUUUGUACGGUGUGAGGUUCAUCUGUCGGAUGUUAGCACCCUCGUCAGCUCCCUGAAGAGAAUCGCAGAGGACGUCAGAACCACUAAAGAGGUUAAAUUCCACUGGUUUCCAAAGAAAAUUGCCGAACUGGAUAGAUGCCAUCAUCUGGUCACUAAAUUUGAUCCAGAUUUGGACCAGGACCAUCCAGGCUUCACCGACCCCGUGUACAUAAAACGACGAAAGCAGAUCGGCGAUAUUGCCUUCAAAUACAAGCAUGGAGAGUCGAUCCCAAGAGUGGAGUACACAGAGGACGAAAUUGGAACGUGGAGAGAGGUUUACAGCACCCUCAGGGAUCUAUACUCCACCCAUGCGUGCAGUGAGUAUUUGGAGGCGUUUAGGCUCCUGGAGAAACACUGUGGCUACAGCCCUAACAACAUCCCCCAGCUAGAGGACGUCUCAACAUUUCUGAAAGAGCGUACUGGGUUCCAGUUGAGGCCGGUGGCUGGUCUUCUGUCAGCACGCGAUUUUCUGGCCAGUCUGGCGUUCCGUGUGUUUCAGUGUACGCAGUACAUUCGCCAUGCCUCCUCCCCCAUGCACUCCCCAGAACCGGACUGUGUACAUGAGCUCCUCGGCCAUGUCCCUAUGCUAGCUGAUAAAACAUUUGCUCAGUUUUCUCAGAACAUUGGUCUCGCCUCUCUUGGUGCACCAGAGGAAGACAUUGAAAAACUGUCAACACUAUAUUGGUUUACAGUGGAAUUUGGCCUGUGUAAGCAGGGAGACACACUGAAAGCCUAUGGAGCAGGCCUUCUGUCCUCCUAUGGUGAACUAGUGCAUGCCCUUUCAGAUGAGCCUGAGAUCCGUGACUUUGACCCAGAGAUUGUAGCUGUGCAGCCAUACCAGGACCAGACGUACCAGUCUGUCUACUUUGUGUCUGAGAGCUUCUCUGAUGCUAAAGAGAAACUGAGAGGCUAUUCUGCGGGCAUCAAGAGGCCAUUUUCAGUGAGGUUCGACCCAUUUACAAGCAGCAUAGAAGUACUGGACAACCCGCUAAAGAUCAGAGGAGGUCUGGAAACAGUGAAAGAUGACCUAAAGGUCCUAACAGAUGCCUUGAACGUGCUGGCAUGAGCGUACUGGGCCAUGCUCCCUGCUGUCAGUGCUUACUAUGUGCCAUUUUCAUUAUGUUGUUUCAUGUACUUGUUUUUUGCUGCAGCUGAAGUUGUUGCUUUUAAAAAGCUGGGUGGCAACCAUGAGACCUCAUGUUAGAAUUUGUUUCCAAAGACUUUAUUGGAUCACUUGCUGAUUUAAUCUUGUUUUUGUAAAAAAAAAAAACUGGUAUUGUUUUUUUUUUCAAAGUUAUCCACCGAAUCAAAGCCAAAUUCUAUUUAUUAAAAGGAACAAAAUAACAUAUAAAAUGACUAUUUAUCUAAUAAUCUAGUACUGAACUGUGGAUAUAUGUAUAAGACUCACUAUAUAAACAGCCCUUCCAGUUAUGAAUGUAUGAAUAUUUUCAAUAGAAAUAUAUCAUGGCAACUGUUAACAAUGUGAAGUAUCCUCCUGCGACCGGUGAACACAUUUCAUUGCCAUGCACUGUCACACAGUGCGCUGUGUGCUGUAAGUUAUUCCAAAUGUGAAUUUAUCUCUUAGUAACCAAAAAGGCAUUGAAACGUCUUUUUCAGUGACCAAAGUGGUCAUGCUUUGGCUAUUAUUUGCAGGUGGACGUGGAAAGUAAUGUGCUUCGUGCAGUGUGGUGGCUGAUUCAAAUGCAUAAUUUCAGCUGUGUUUGCCUGUGAGGCGAUCGAGUGCUGCUAAUAUAAAAUCAACAUGAUGGAAAAUUAAACCAUUUUAAAUUAUUG